UCCGCCCUUUCCAAGAUGGCAACUGACACGCACCGAAUCAAACCGCCAAACGAGAUGGACACUAAUUCACUUUUUGACAAGAUGACGAUUGAAGAGAUACGUGACACUGAAAAGAAAAUCAGACUUGACAUUGAGAAGAAGAAGGAAGAUCUACGAGUCAUGGUUGGAGAGCGGUAUCGGGACUUGAUCGAGGCAGCCGACACCAUCAAAGACAUGAAGACCAGUUCGGAGAAUGUGACCCAGUCUAUCGGCCACAUGGAGGACAUGUGCAAACAGCUGAAGCAGAACUACAUGGUGCGUGGGGUGUCCUACCACCAAAAGGCCAAGGCCGACAACACCACGGGCAAGAAGAAGCAAGAGGCUGAGUUUUAUGGCGUAGCUGCUCAGAUUAAGCUCUUGCUGGAUAUGCCAGAGAAGAUCUGGAGCAGCAACGAUAGCCGUGACUACCUGACCGCCACCCAGUUGUACCUCCUGGCUCGUCACGUCAACACCAGUCUGCAGCUCAACUCCCAGCGCUCUGCCAACAUCCUGUCCUGGUUCCCGGUGCUCACCCGGCAGUGGGCCGCCAUCAGCCACUUCAAGAACACCAUCCUGCAGGGAUGUCGCAGCUCUCUGAAGGACAUGGAGGGAACCUACACAGAUAAGCAAAUAGCUGAGUUCCUGUGUUCGAUCCUACUGUUGGAAGACAGCACCCCCAGACAAGUCUUCAAUGAGUUCCUUCUUGCCAGGACUAAAGCCCUGCAGCAAGCCCUCCACACUAGCCUGCAUGGGAACAUCAAAGACCAGGUGUCCUCGGUGGUUCGCCUCCUCAUCAACACCGUUCACCAGAUCCACGCCGUCUUCUACAACACCGCCAUUGCAGGGGAGAAGGAAAAAGGAGGGCAGUGCAAUCUGCUGUCGGAGAUCCUGGAGCAGGUGCUCAACAAGUCCCAGGAAGCUGGGGGUUUGCUGAGCCUGCAGGGAUCAAUAUCAGCCAAAUGUCUGCCAAAAUCUGUCAAAGAUUUCCGUCCUGUGCUGAGAAGUGCAGGGUCCACAAUAUCCUCCCAACACAUCCAGGACAACUGCCAACAGUGGAUCAACACCUGCAUCAAUGACAUUAAGUCUGGGGUGGGGAAACUGCUGGGAUUUGUCAACACCGUGAAGCGCCUGGCGGACAUCCGAGACUCACUGUGGGAGCUCCUCACUCAGGAUGGGGAUGAGAGUCAGUGGGAUUUGAUCUGCCGGAGAGUCGUCAACAAAACACUGCGUGUCUGGGGGGACUUCCUGCAACCACUCUUUGUGGACAGGGUCAAGCAACUGAUCCAGUAUCAGCUUGACACAGCAGCGGAACACACCAAGCGGAAUGUGUCCAAGGUGAUGAUCGAACUCACCCCCGACACCAAUGACAGCUCGCUGCAGCAUGAAACGAACCUGGCCAGCUAUCUGUGGACUGAGUCGAGCGGAGACAUUGCUGCCAGCUCGGUGUGGACCCCCUCCAACAAGAGUCUGGCUGAUGGUGGGGGCCUCAUCCUCAAGGCCCGGGCCUUUACACCGGCAGUACAGAGCUUAUGUCGGCACAUAGACGACAAGCUGAAGAAUCUUCUCGAGGACAACAGACCCUACCUUCAGGCAGGGGAGGAGGAGGAAGGGGCGGUGUCAGGGGUCAAGAAGACCCUGGACACUCCAGGCCCCUUUGAUAAGUAUGGAGACAGCAUGUUGAUACUGACCUACGUCCAGUCCGCCAGCACCACGGCUGUCCAGGAUGUCUUGAAUUAUCUCACAGAGCAGUUAAAACUGUGGCAGAAAUCAUUUGAAAUUCCUGAUCCAACGACAAACUUCAGCACGGAGAACAAAAUUCUUCUGGUCGGAAGGCUGUGUUCAGCGUUGGCCGAGUUGGCCCCCCACCUGCAGCAGUGCAUUCUGGGGCCUGUGGUGUGGCAGAAGUCCGACACAGUCAGGUCUGUGAAGAAGGUCAGCAAGUCUUCCAAACAAACGGAACAUCCCGAGUGGGCAAGUGUCAGAACAAAACUAGACGAGUGUAAGCUCAAGGCCUAUAAAUUCUGGGUUGACCACAUAACAAAGGUGUCAGUGUCUGAGUUUUCUAAAGCCUUACAUGCGGAGAACCUCAGUUCUGUUGUCGAACAUGCCACGAGAUGGGAUGAGGUGGACAUUCAGGAGGAGACUGAGGAGGGGAAGAAACACAGCUCCAAGAUCAUGGUCCCCAUGCAGCCGUCCUGGUACCUCCACUCACUGUUGUUCAAGCUGUGCCAGGACCUGAACAAGGUCGGGGGACAGGCGCUGCCCAGGUCAGUUGUACAAGACUUGUUACACAAAAUGACAGAUGGGAUUGUCAAUGUGUAUCAAGACUUUGUAAAGGGAGGUAAGCGGCGUGUGAGGAAGAGUGGCCUCCCUUUGACCCAACAGCAAGCACUGCAGUCCCUGUUUGAUAUCAGAUACCUCCUUCAGAUUAUUCCAAGGAAGGAUGACACAAAGACCAGUAAGACAUACCAGAAGAAAGCUCAGUCUAUCUGUGAGUCCCUGGAAGAGGUGGUUGACCCCUUCGACCUGGACGUGUUCAGUCCUUACAUGCAGGUCAACCUGCACAGACAAAGCCAGAGGACUGCUGUGAUAUUUGGUUCCCUGGCGGCCCUGGACAAGCAGAGUGUUGUGUCCACCGGGAGGGCACCUGCAGCUGGGCAGCACGAGCAGCACAAUGUCCUGCCUUUAUCCUCCUGUAACAGCAGGUUCCCCCUCCUGCCACUCAGCACACAGCAGAGCAGGUCCUCCAUGCAGAGUUAUGUCCCCUCACAGACAAUCACCAGGGGACUAGACUCAGGCAAUCAGUCGCUGACAUUGGCAGUGGAGGCUGUGUUGCCGAAGUCAGCGUCACAGACUGAUCUUAGCAGCUCCCUCUAUGACAAACUGGGCAGCAUGGGUUCCCGAUUCUUCUCCAAGCUCCAGGACAAGUGAUCAGGGUUCCUGGUCCACAUCUAGAGUCUGUAACAGUGGCACAGCAGCAGCAGCAGCAGCAUGGUCUCCUCCAUGACCAGCAGGACAACCAGUGUCUUCACAUUAGGAUCAGUUGCUGAUCACAACCUCCUUUAUAACUUCAACUUGACAAUUUUUAUUGCAAAUUCCAUGUGUUUGUGAUAUCAGACUUUUGCCACAUGGACUCACUCAGAAGUUGACUGGCCUUCAUAACUCUUAUGGAAACAUUCACUGCUGAUGGGGUUUACCUCUUUGGCCAUGUGGAGAAGGUGUCCGACCUUGGAUCUGGUGGUCCCAUUGCAGGAGUUGAAAAUGUUUUUGCCAUUACAUUUACAGUAUACUAUUGUUUGUUGCUAAACUUUUUUUGAGGUAUUGUUAUAUAAGCACAAUGUUCAUAAAACAAGAUUAUUACAUAAUGCAUAUAAUAGUGAUAUGUUUUGUUUGGGAGAGUAUGUAACAUGCUAGCACUGAUAUCCUAUUCUUCUACUUAGGGCAUGUAUGCUAUGAGCACCUAUCGCACCUGCAUAUAUUAUAUCCCAGUACCUGUGACAGAAAAUAGUGAUAUACCAAAUAUCUAAUCUUGAGGGAAAAUUUGAUGGAUAGACAUCGUAGAUACUACUUCCGAGUACAAACAAGGGUUGUCUUUAACCAUAGAUAAAUAUAGGAAAUAAACCAUUAUAUUUAAAUUAUACAUGUUCAUGUCUUCAUGAAUAUGUGUUAUCGUUCCCUAGAUCUUAGCUUGUACCAGAAUGGUCAAGAUUUAAAUUAUUACUUGCUGCAAGGAGACCAGUUGAGAGUUCUUGUUUCUCAGGAUUAUUUUCAGAACUGACCAGGGAGGGAGGGGAGAUCAUAUUUACUAUUGUAUUUUUUCGUAGGUUACAGAUCUAUGAUAGUAAAUGAUUUGGGGCAUGAUAUGUUAUUAAGUGUAUUUGAAUGGCAUGAGCAAAAAGUUGAAAUCUGGAGCAAGAAUAAAAUUUGACAAAUUUAACAAAUUUAAAAAAAAUUGUGUUUUGACAGUACUUAAGAAUAUUUUAAAAUGAGAGGCUGGAUGGCCAAUUGUGGGAUAAGCAUGUCAUAGAAAACAGGACUUUCAUUUUAACUGUACUGCGGCUAUAGUAGUGCUGAACAUAAGGUAAGACUACAAUCAUGCUCUCACGUUUAAAAGUUACCCACUGUCCAGCAGUGCGGUAGAUGGGUUGCUGCCCAGCACAUCAGAGUAAGUGUUUACUUGUCAAGUUUGUAUAUCUGAGUUGUUUUGCCGUUCUGCCAGCACCUGGGUGAUGUUUGUGGGGAUAGUGACCAAGUGGGAGUAAUGUAUACCAGCAUACAAUAUGUCUUGAUGAGAGUCCACAUAUCUUGUGGGUACAUGUUAGAACUGUGUGUGUCUAUUUGUUUGAAACAUUAUAGAUGAGAUAUAAGCUCAUUGGUAUUCACCUUGGCUCAGAAAACACAAGAAAACAGCUGAAGUGAUGUAGACAGCAUGACUAAACGGGAUUAUAUGGGAUUUUAAAUUUUCUGGACCCUGGUUUACUGUCCAGUCAGCUGGGCCUUACCACAUCAGAAAGACACAGGUUGCAAAGUUACUUAAUAUAACGGUAUAAAAAUCCAGCCAUUUCCAAUUUUGAGGUCUAUAGCCCUGAAUUCAGAAAGUCUCAAUACAAUUUAUCCAAACCGGGUCCCAGGGGAUUGGACUUAUAUCGUCUAAGGUACAAGAAAUUGACCUGUUGUUUAACAGUGGCCGACUUCUGUUGGAGGUUUUGCUAAUUAACCACCCAAGUUGUUAAGCCUGACAGCUACCUUCAGGUUAAUAUCACUCACAACACCUCACACGUACCAGAUAUUGUGUCAGUGUCAAUAGAUCACACUCCAGUUUCAUUUCAAGACCUCGGAAUAAGGGAAAUAUUGAAGUACAAGGUCAUGGAACAUAAGGCCCAUAUUAACAUGGUCAGCUGUUGGUUGGCCUAAUGUCAGAUUUCUUUAAUGCCUGUAAGUGGGAACUGGACUGGAUUAUCUUUUGUGAGCGUUUUUUUCUUCUUAUAAGUUUGAUUAUUGUUUUAAAUAAUUUGCUUUCUUGUUAUGAACAUAACCUGUAUUAAUAUUGAUCAAAUUCAAUAUGCCACUGCAAUUGAUUUAAGAAACUAAACAGUGAAAGUUACUUGUACAUGUGGGUACUGUACCAUGUUAUUAUUUAUGGUAAUCUUGUAUAUAGAUGCAGCUAUUCUCUACAUUAUUGUUAUCUGUUGGGCGACAUUGUGUUUUAUGUGCUGUUUGUGUGACGAGCUCUCACACAUCUGGGUGAAUAAUAUUAUUUCUACAA